AUGGCGACAAAAUUGGACAGGGUUCAAGUUGUCAUUAUUGAUGAAAUUUCAAUGGUGAGUGGGCUGCAAUUGCAGACUGUGGAUAAGAGGCUCAGAGACAUCUUUAACGAGCAACUUCCGUUCGGCGGGAGGUCUGUAAUUGCAGUCGGAAAUUUCAUGCAACUCCCGUGUGUCGCUGGUGCUCCUGUUUACAGUACUGACCCGACAAAAACAUCAAACAAACACAGAAGAAUUUUUGGACAAAACCUUUGGUCGCUCUUCAAAGUUCACCAUCUCACACAGAUUAUGCGGCAAAACAAUGUUCAAUUUCAGACUGCACUGAACAACGUAGCAAAAGGAAAAACAACAACAGAAGACAAGAACUUAUUCGACGAGAGAACGUUCUGUGACGUACUAGAAGAAGCAAGAGUGAAGAGGCCUGUCCGCCUAUUUCCGACCAACGCCCAAGUUGACAGCUGGAAUGACCAAGAACUUGACAAAAUGACUGGGGAAGACUACACAGCCGAGGCCUCUGAUGUUGCGAUUGGAGACGGCACCAGACAUGCGAAAAUAAGGGCUACAAACAACGUACGGACACUACGAUCACGUGACACAAUGAGCCUCAGAAAUUCAUUGAGACUGAAGGUUUGCGCCAGAUACAUGGUUACACUAAAUAUUGACACCCCUGACGGUCUGGUAAAUGGAGCCGUCGGUACUCUUAUGCGUGUUGACCACGGCGUAUCAAGUUCUGGCGCCACCAAACCGUUACGGCUGUGGGUCAAAUUUAAUCAUGACAUUGUGAGACUUAACACUCGCCAGCAGAAGAGAAGUUUAAUGCAAGCGUUGAACAUAGAUCCCACAUGGACUCCAAUUAAUCCCAUAGCCAAGACCGUACAAAGAAGAGGAUUUUUGGCUGUGUCUCGGAAACAAUUUCCCUGACUGUUGCUCAAACUAUCACAAUUCACAAAAGCCAGGGGGCGACUUACGACUGCAUUGUGGUACAUACCCAUGGGAGAAUUACAAGAGAAAUGAUGUAUGUUGCAUGCUCUCGCGCAACGUCGGCAGAGG